GUAGUUUGGCAACUGCCACCAACCCGUUCUGACGUGAUGGCUGCGUUGGCGAGGAUCGUCGUAAUCUGUGGCGUUUUUGCGCCGUUGUUUUCGGUGAAAGGUCAAUCAAAUAAAUACUUCACUGAUACACAACCAUGGGAUUACUAUUACAGGAAAACGUUGGAUGAUUGCCCAGGAAGAUUUUAUCCAGAUCCUUACAAGUAUGUAUUUCUCCAUGUAUUCGAAGGAAAACCAGCAUUUAAAGGAGAGUUCAAGCAUAUGGUAGCCAUUGGAUGGACUACUGCAAACGGAAACAUUCAAUAUUUGUGUGGCGGGGCAUUGAUAUCAUCAAAGUUUAUUCUGACAGCUGCCCAUUGCUCUGUAAAUAGGGAAGGUUACGAACCAGAUACUGUUCGUUUAGGUGACAUUAACUUAGCUGAAGCAGUGGACGAUGCAACGGCACAACAGAUUGGCAUUCGAAGUUUCAGAAAACAUCCAGAGUACCGACCGAGCAGGAAAUAUUUUGAUAUUGCACUCAUCGAACUAGAAACAGAAGCAAUUAUCAAUUCUGCCACUUGCUUUGCAUGUAUUUGGUUGGGUAAAGAUGUACCUCAGGCAGAAAUGCAGGUUAUCGGAUUUGGCGCGACAGGUUAUGGCGAAAAUCUUAGUCCAACGCUACAGAAAGUCACAUUAUCAGCGGUCGAUAAAGAAAGUUGUUCUGAGCGAGUUCCAGUCAGUAAGCGUCAACAGCCAAAUGGUUUCGUCGAUGGCCAGUUUUGCGCUGGAAGUGAUCAUGCGGAUACUUGUGAGGGUGACUCAGGUGGUCCAAUUCAGAUUGAACGAAUAGAUAUUGAUGGAUCUGUUAUACCUCUUAUUGUUGGAGUAGUGUCAUAUGGUACGCCCUGUUCCAAAGGAUCACUUGGCGUAUACACUAGGGUAGCGUCCUAUCAAGAGUGGAUUGAACAAGAACUGCAACACCCAAUUGACUACGUAGCAUGCACAAGAACAUCAACCUGUCUUGGUAGGAAAACUGUCGACACAAAUAUACAUAGACCUUUAUAUCCUGGACCCAUUUUCCGUGUCGGACUGUUAUGGGACUCUACCAAUUUUAAUGCUUUCGAGUGUGGAGCUACAAUAAUAGAUUAUAGAUUUGCUGUGACAUCAGCAUCCUGCGUGCAGUUGAAACCCAUUAAACCACGCAGUAUCAUAGUAGAAACUACCGGUGAAACUGUAGACAUUGAUGAGAUCAUUUUACACCCGCGAUAUAGGGCUGAUAAGCCGGUGCAUGACAUCGCAUUACUAAAACUGUCAAAAUUUAUCGAUCCCAACACGGAUGUUCUGCCAGCAUGUCUUUCGAAAAAAGAUCUCGAAGAAUUAAAUAUCUGGCAUCAAAGUGUCUCUGCAUUCGGAACUCGAUACGCAAACAAAGAAUCAUUUAAAAAAGAUGACUUUGAACGCUACACUAUCGAAAUGUAUGAGUAUGAAAAAGAUAUCCAAUGUGUAAAUCCCGAAUUUUCAUCAAACAGUUUUUACUGCUUCAAUAAUUCUGUCGAUUUCAUACCUACUGUGUGUAACAUGGACUACGGAGGCCCUGUUUCAGGAAGAGAAUCCUCAAAAAAUGUGCCAUAUCUCUUAGGAGUAGUGUCCAAGUUAAGUGAAAGUUGCGGAGAAGAUGUGAUUGUAGUAAAAGUAAAGGAAUACAUCGAUUGGAUUGAAAGUGUUGUCCUAGACCAUACCAGUGAGCGAUUGAUUUUUCAAUGAAUAGAAAUAAACAAUGUAAAUUAAAUUUGAAUCAAAGUUUUUUUUUUAUAUACACUAAUACCUCUUUUUAUGCAUGUUUUUUAUGCACUUUUAAUUUAUGCACCUUUUUUAUGCCCUGCAUAAAAAGAGGGAAAGCUACUCAGAACCAAUAUUGUGCAUAAGAAUAUUUAAUAAUGACAGGAACUAUUGCAACGGUCACCCAAAGGAAGGAUACAUAUUCAUGUUUGGGUGUUUCCGAAGGUCUCAUGUGCGUUACAUGGGCUUCGAGUGGGUCUUGAGGGGAUUUCGGAGU